AACGUCACACCUAAGUCCGAUAGAACUGGACAGAAAAGUGGUUAUUUUAUGUAUGCAAACACUCCCGUUGAUAUCAAUCAGUGUGUGCAGUUUGUAAACGAAAGCGUAUAGAUCUUGAAAAUUGCAUUAGUUUUCAUUUGCAAGCAUUAUUUGCCCGAGAAAACGCAAUAGAAAAGUUGGUUCUCCAGUGGUCAUCUUGUGCAUGUAUGUGUACUCUGGAAAAAAGAAACAACCGUGGUGAUGCGCAUGUGUGUGUAAAACGCUAAAGGGGGCGACACAAAACGUACUGAACUUUGUGUGACUAAUUCGAUGUGAAUUCUGCUGCGUUCCGUACGCGGAAGCCACCGAAGCAAACAAAAGACUCAACCCACCCGUGAAGAGAUACAGAAAAGUGCAGCAGUGGUUAGUGCAUCAGAAGAGGCGUCGAGUAUUGACCGAUAAAGGCGGCGCUUCCAAUCGCGAUGGAAACGCUAUCGAACUUCGGGCAGGUAGCCCUGAAGUGGGAUCCGAAAAAUCUCGAGAUUCGUACGAUGUCGGUGGAGAAAACGCUGGAGCCGUUGGUGCUUCAGGUGACCACCCUCGUCAGCACGAAGGGACCGAGCAAAAAGAAGAAAGGCAAAUCGAAACGCGCAAGUGCACUGGUCGCGGCGGUCGAGAAAGCGACCGACAUCUUCAUCGAACGAGGCGAACAGAUCGCGUACGAGAAUCCCGACAUCACGCAGGAGAUGCUUUCGGCCGUGGAGGAGGUCCGGAAGACCGGGUCGGCGAUGAGCAUUGCGGCCCGCGAAUUUUCCGAGGAUCCGUGCAGUUCGCUCAAGCGGGGCAACAUGGUGCGUGCCGCCCGGAAUCUUCUGUCGGCCGUCACCCGGCUGCUCAUUCUGGCCGACAUGGUCGACGUGCAUUUGCUGCUCAAAUCGCUGCACGUCGUCGAGGACGAUUUGGACAAGCUGCGGAAUGCGUCCUCGCAGGAUGAGCUGAUGAAUAAUAUGCGUCAGUUUGGACGAAACGCGAACGAGCUGAUCAAGCAGGCUGCGAAGCGUCAGCAAGAGUUAAAGGAUCCGCAGCUGCGUGACGAUCUGGCCGCAGCUCGGGCCGUGCUGAAGAAGCACUCGACCAUGCUGCUGACGGCGUCGAAGGUGUACGUGCGCCAUCCGGAGCUCGAUCUGGCCAAGGUGAACCGUGAUCACAUUCUGAAGCAGGUGUGUGAGGCAGUCAACACGAUCAGCGAUGUGGCGCAGGGCAAAUCUUCCCAACCACAGGAUGUGUAUGUUGGUGCUGGGGAGCUUGCCGCAGCUCUGGACGAUUUUGACGAGGGCAUCAUCAUGGACCCGAGGGCUUACAAUGAGGUCCGCUCGCGCCCAUCCCUGGAGGAGCGAUUGGAGAGUAUCAUCAGCGCGGCGGCCCUCAUGGCAGAUGCAGAUUGCACGCGUGACGAGCGCCGUGAACGAAUUGUCGGGGAGUGUAAUGCGGUGCGACAGGCGCUGCAAGAUCUACUUUCCGAGUACAUGUCGAACAUGGGAACGAAGGAUCGCACCCCGGAGUUGGAGCGCGCGAUCGGCCACAUGUAUCGCAAAACAAAAGAUCUUCGCCGACAGCUGCGCAAAGCCGUUGUCGACCACGUGUCGGAUUCAUUCCUGGAGACAAACAUGCCACUGCUGGAUCUGAUCGAAGCGGCCCGCAGUGGCAACGAAAAGGUGGUCCGCGAGCGUGCCGACAUCUUUACGAAGCACGCAGAAAAGUUGGUCGAAGUGGCAAACCUUGUGUGCAGCAUGUCGAACAAUGAGGACGGCGUAAAGAUGGUACGCUACGCAGCCGAUCAGAUCGAGACGCUCUGCCCGCAGGUGAUCAACGCGGCCCUCAUCCUCGCUGCACGGCCCAACUCCAAGGUGGCCCAGGAGAACAUGGAAGCGUAUCGGCAGGCGUGGGAGAACCAGGUGCGCAUCCUGACCGAAGCCGUCGACGACAUUACGACGAUCGAUGACUUCCUGGCCGUGUCGGAGAACCACAUCCUGGAGGACGUGAACAAGUGUGUGCUGGCGCUCCAGGAAGGUGAUGCGCUCGACUUGCGCAACACUGCCGGCGCGAUACAGGGCCGAUCGGCACGUGUUUGCAACGUGGUCGAGGCGGAGAUGGACAAUUACGAACCGUGCAUUUACACCAAGCGUGUACUGGAAGCGGUCAAGGUGCUCCGGGAGCAGGUGAUGUCCAAGUUUGCCCAGCGCGUCGAUGUGGCGGUGGAUGCUCUCUCCUCGAACUCACCGAAGGACGUUGACGAGAACGAUUUUAUCGACGCUUCGCGGCUCGUGUACGAUGGUGUGCGGGAGAUUCGUCGUGCCGUGCUGAUGAAUAGGAGUUCGGACGAGCUGGAUACAGAUACGGAAUUCGAGCCGGUCGAGGACAUGACCAUCGAGACGCGCAGUAGAUCAAGCGCACACACCGGAGAUCAAACCAUUGAUGAGUAUCCUGAAAUUAGUGGCAUUACAACCGCUAGAGAAGCGAUGCGAAAGAUGAACGAAGAGGACAAACAGAAGAUCAUGCAACAGGUGGAACUGUUCCGUCGGGAGAAACUUACAUUCGACUCGGAGGUGGCCAAGUGGGACGAUACCGGCAACGAUAUCAUCUAUCUCGCUAAGCACAUGUGCAUGAUCAUGAUGGAGAUGACGGACUUUACUCGUGGACGAGGCCCCCUGAAGACGACGAUGGACGUCAUUAACGCGGCGAAGAAAAUCUCCGAAGCCGGCACGAAGCUGGACAAGCUGACACGCGAGAUCGCCGACCAGUGCCCGGAGAGCUCGACCAAGAAGGACCUGCUGGCGUACCUCCAGCGGAUUGCCCUGUACUGCCAUCAGAUUCAAAUCACCUCCAAGGUCAAGGCGGACGUGCAGAACAUAAGUGGUGAACUGAUCGUGUCAGGGGUAAUGCUGGACAGUGCGACAUCGCUGAUUCAAGCGGCCAAGAAUCUGAUGAACGCCGUCGUCUACACGGUCAAGUACUCGUACGUCGCGUCGACAAAGUACACGCGACAGGGCACGGUUUCGAACUACUCACCGAUCGUCGUGUGGAAGAUGAAAGCACCAGAAAAGAAGCCACUGGUGCGACCGGAAAAACCGGAAGAGGUACGCGCCAAGGUUCGCCGAGCGUCCCAGAAGAAGACACAGAAUCCCGUGCAUGCACUGUCGGAGUUUCAGAGCCCCACGGAUGCCGUCUAAUUGGGGUCAACCCCCAAUCAUUCGAUGCGCCCGUUAGGCUUGGUCUGUCACUUUUUAACUUAUUUCCAAUUAUAAAAAAAAAACUACGAGCAAAACAAAACACGUAAAAGACAAAGAGAGAAGAGUUACUUUUUUAUACAUAAGCGAAUUAAAAGUAAAAAUCCUCAAACAUAAAGAAAUGACGAAGCGGCUCACGGAGGGUCGCACUGAUUUGAACAAAGAGUUGGAUAGGAAAAGUUGUACUGGUCAAAAGGAUGUUUGAAUACUGCUGCGGUGUCAUUGAGGGGAUUGAAAAUUAAUUUAAAAAGGAAGGUCCUAAAACGAAUGCUUAAUCAAACUUUGUUCAACGAAAAGCGUGGUGUAAACCACGGAUACUCUCUAGAGAAACGGACUUUAACAUGGCAACAUUUUGAGACGUUGGCUUCCUCUAAAACAUUCAUGAUGCAUCUUUACAUAAUUUUAUUUAUUGCCCGCUAAAUUUUACCAUUUAGUUCUCAACACACACACACGCGUUCAAUAGUCCGUUUCAUAUGUUUUAAUUGUUACUGCACCGGAAAAAGGGGAAAGAAGCACUUUCAAUGCGUUUUAUUGUUGGUGAUAGGAGAGUAUAUGGAGAGUAUGUGUAUUUUAUCAGUAUUUUGCAUUUUUCCAUUUUUUUGUUCUUCUCCUUUAUAAAACUAUGCAUAAAUGAUAUAUGAUAGAAUCUGCACACAGGGAAAACGGGGGUGGGUUAGAAAAAAAAAACCCCGAAAAGAUUGUCGUGGUGUGUUGUGUUGCGUCGGGCGCAAGUGAAUGGCCAAAAAUGAGUUAUUAAAUUAGGGCAGAAAAUACCCAUACCGUUUGGAAAAUGAUGGAGUUAAGGGGGAGGAGAACGCAAUUUUAUAUAGGAAAAUAGAGUGUGCAGUAGCCAAACUAAAAAUGAAAACAGGAAAGAUUUAUAACUGGAAUCGAAUCGAAAAACUCAAACUAAACGCUCAAGCUGAUAAACAGAGAAGUGGUAUAGUGUACUAUUACCGAAUAAUAUAAAUAGUACUCAUCGAAUUAUUAACGAAUUCCGAACGAGACUUACAAAAAAAAAAACAGAACAAGUGUUGAAUCUGAUGUUGAUGGAUAAUUUUACUGGAAAUUAUACUCCUUAUGCUUCCUGAAAAGGAGACCCACGGAAAGGUGGGGUGCUAGGAAGGCGGGUAGGGAUGCUGUCGAAUAGUUCCACUUCCGGAAUUAAAACGGGAAAUCGCCCUCCCAUCCUUUCCACUACACCACCACCCCCUUCACACACCAUGCCACCUCAGCGCAAUUUAAUCUACACUCCGACUUCACUGUAAUGUAGUUGUUUAGGGAUUUAGUGAUCUAGAGUUUCCAUAUAUAUAUAUACACACACAUUCAUCUAACGUACCAUAAACGUAAUAAUAUAUAUAUACACACAUUAAAUAAACGUGGGCCGAAUUGUGGGCCAGAGAAGAUUUUAACGCCGCAAGGAAAGAAGAAAAACGAAAGUGUUCAACAGUUGAUAAUGGCGAGAGACAGGAAAGACCUCCAUAGAGUAAACCCUUUCGUUAAUGUCCUCCGCGGACGAUACGUGAGGCACAAAUCAAGAAGCAGCUCCCUUUCCCCGUUUCUCUGUUUCGUUUGCGAAAUUAUUUUAAAUCUAUCCACUUCUAUUUGAGCUUUUUAGAUGGAAACACUUUAUGCAUGGGAGCAGCAAACCAACUAUAGAGGAAUUUCUCACCCCGUUUGGAAGUAAAGCACUCUUAAUUAAACAAACAAAAAAGUACAUGACACGCCGCAACGCAGCUACUAGGAGUGUGUGUUAGUCGAUACGUUUAAAAAGAUAACUAGCGGCGGAAACGUUUAUAAUGUAUUGUGGGAAAAAUCAAUCGAAGUUGAAUAAACUGGUAGAUGC